GCGAGCGGUUCGUAAAAAAGAUGAAUGAAACGCGAAGGAUACUCGAAGUGAUCCUUAUCCUUAUUCUUGUGAUAUCGGGUUGUGAUGGCAAUGGGGGAGACAUCCCCCUGCGAUGCGACGAGUAUGAUUCCAUGGGAUUUAUGGACGUGAACGAGGCCUUUUGCACGGUCACCGGAUUCACGGUCACCCACAGCCAGAAUGUCGUGAUCAAGAACAUACCACCCGGAAAUAUGGUCAAGUUCAUGAAGUUCUACGAAUCAACGCUACUCUAUAUGCCCUUCCAUCUGUUCGAAACAUUCCCAUACCUAAAGACCCUGGAUGUCUCGAAUACGAAUAUUUUGGAGCUUACGAGGAAUGCAUUUAGUGCUGCCAGUAAUCUCACGUAUCUGAACCUGGCCUACAACAAUCUGACUUCUAUCCAGACAUCUGUGUUCAUUGGUGCCAAUGUCCUAAUGCGUCUGGAUCUGUCCUACAACGAGAUAUCCUCGCUAAGUGUGAAUGCCUUCUGUGGCCUGCAUACCAUUAGCCAGAUUUUUCUAACCGGCAAUCUGUUGAAGGAGCUGCACAACGACAUCUUCAAGGAUAACGAGUACCUGGAGAAGGUGUCCUUCGAGGGAAAUCUACUGACCAGCAUUCAACCGGAAGUCUUUCGCAAUAUGCGGCGCAUCAAGGAGGUUAAUCUGUCCAAUAAUCGCCUGGUUUUUAUCCAUCCGGACACUUUUGCCGAUGCGGCGAGCUUGGAAAAUCUGGUCUUGUCCUACAAUGAGUUGAAGAACUUUCUGCUGACAGAGAAGAACAUUGUGCAUCAGCUGCACUUGGAUAAUAAUUAUCUGACAAAUUUAACCAUUAACGCAACUCGAUUCGUUCGCGCCAGUCACAACCAAAUUUCUGAGCUCUUCCUGCACCAGAGUUUGCAUAUCGAAACAUUGGACUUAAGCGCCAACAAGUUGACUAGCAUAUCAAAUAUCACAAAUAUCACACACAUGCUCUAUUUGGAUGUAUCUGGAAAUCCCAUAGGUCCUCUUAAUGUCAGCACCUUCUCGCAACUUAAGAGACUGAGGGGCUUAAAUUUGAGAGGAACCGGAAUUAGAGAGCUUAAAUUUGGAAUGUUUUCGAAGCAGAAGUACUUGGAAGAACUGGAUCUUUCCUUUAACAACCUGACCAGUCUCAAUUUGGAUAUGUUUGUGCCCUAUCUGACUAAUCUAAGAAAGUUUCUCAUCGACGGCAAUGGACUGACUGAGCUGCAGGGAAAUCACACGUUUUCCAAGGCUUUUCCUCAGCUUCAGAAAUUGGGAGUAUCGAGGAACCGCUUCAACUGCUCCUACCUGCAUCACCUGCUCAUCCCACCAUCGCUCGCCGAGUCCGUGGUGCUCAAUAUUGAACCGGAAACCAAUCUAGAGGAGACCCCACACAUCCGAGACGUAUCCUGCAUCAGUCAGACCCAAGAGGCCGUUAAUGCCUCCUUUACUGCUGAGGAAUCCCGGCUAGAAUCGCAGAUCCACAUGUUAUCGAAGCAGUUGGAUAUUGUAGGAUCGCAUUCGAAGAAUCUGGAACUCCACCUGGCCUUCAUGCAGGUUUUUGCCUACGUGAUGGGCGGCCUGGUUCUGGUGGGCGUGGUGUCGCUGAUAAUACUCCGAUAUCUAAAGAAUCAUCGAUCUGGUCGAUAUGAUCGCAGCAGCAUUGUCUUCCGCUCUAAUGCCACAAUGGAAGCUAAUCUCACCCUGGCCAGUGAAGAUCUUCAGUAGUCUCAGCGAAACCACAUGUUUUUAUUUUAUGACAAAGUGGAAAAAAUUGGCAGAGUAACAUGAAAUUCGUAAUGGUUGUUAGGAGAUUUCAUAUCGCACAAAUUUCUCCGAGCUUACUUAAAACAACUUAAAGAAGCAAGCAGAAAACUGAGCUCGUUAAAUAACGUCCUUAUGCCAAAAAUCUCUCAUUAAAACUAGUAAGAUAAAACAUUUUAUAUUCUGUUUUGGUUUUCAAAGAUCUUUGAACCACAUAUUUGUAUGCACGAAGACAAAUGCGGAAAACAGUAAGGGAAGACGAGAAUCACUUGUAGGCUUAUCUGAAGCGACCUUGCACACAUAGAUCAGACUUCCUGUAUGGCACUGAGUUCUGAUAACUGAGAGCUUUAAGACCUUGAAGUAAAAGCGUAAGAAAAUAAUAGUAAUAAAAACGUUUUUCUGCAAAUAUGUAAAUCUUUACAAAUGUAUCAUAUGUAUCCUGUAAACCCGCUUUGCCAUAUUUUUUGGUUGUACCAUAAUUCACAUUCUAAAAUAGGUAAGCACAUAUAAGUCUGUAGCCAAACUAAAGUUUGCUAAAUAAAUGUUUCUGCAUAAUAACAAAA